ACCUCGACGACACUGCCUUUGCACAAAACACGCUUUCUCCGCAUCGCACGCAAUGGAGGCUGAAAUCCGCGCUCAGAUCCCUCACAUUGACCCGGUUCUGUCGGAAUACAGUGCCGGCUACCUCCAGCAUGCCGCCAACUCGUUUCAGCCCGACGCUGACCCCAGCGCGCCCUCGCCCUUGGCCGACGCUGCCGCGACCAUUACCGCCCUGCUUGUCUCUGCGUCAGGUGAUCUAACUGCCCAGAGUGAGGCCACCAUCACCAACCUCGUCGACAGGUUUGUUGCCAAGCUGAACACCGGCAUUGACGGCGAGAGGCGCCAGUUGGCUCCCUCGGCCAAGAAGCUGGACCAGGCCAUCAAUGUCGGCUCUCAGCGCAACAUCUCCACCACCUUGGGCUUGGCCAGCGGUGGCGUCGAUCUGGAGUCGGCCAACACCAGAAAGGUCGAGUCCAAGGUUGAUCGUAAGAAGCUCGAAAAGGCUGAGCGCAAGAUUCGUGCCAAGCAGGAGAAGAAGGUUAUGAGGACCGUCGAAUAUGAGGCUUCCCGCCUGCUUGAUCUGCCCGAUGAGACCGAGUCCUACGAAGAGUUCUUCAUGAAGGUCAACCCUCUCCAGUUGGGCUCCGAGAACGCUCAAAAGAGCAAGGAUAUCAAGGUCGAUGGCAUCGAUGUAUCUAUUGGUGGUAAGAGAAUUCUUACCGACACCAACCUGACCUUGGCGUACGGCCGCAGAUAUGGUCUCGUUGGUCAGAACGGUAUUGGCAAAUCUACUCUGCUUCGUGCAUUGAGUAAAAGAGAGGUCGCGGUCCCCACGCAUAUCUCCAUUCUUCACGUCGAGCAAGAGAUUGCCGGUGAUGAUACGCCAGCUUUGCAGGCUGUGCUGGAUGCCGAUGUUUGGCGCAAGCACCUGCUCAAGGAGCAAGAAAAGAUCUCCAAGGAACUUGCCGAGCUAGAGGAGAAGAGGUCUACUAUAGCCGACACCUCGGCUGAUGCUGCCAAGCUUGAUCAUCAACGUGAAGGCCUCGACAUCACCCUAAGUGACAUUCAUUCGAAGCUGUCUGAAAUGGAGUCCGACAAGGCUGAAUCCAGAGCUGCUAGCAUCUUGUUCGGUCUGGGUUUCUCUACGGAAAGGCAGCAGUAUGCCACUAAGACCUUCUCUGGUGGUUGGAGAAUGAGAUUGGCUCUUGCGCGUGCACUCUUCUGCGAACCCGACUUGCUUUUGCUUGAUGAACCGUCGAACAUGUUGGACGUGCCGUCGAUCACCUUCUUGUCAAACUACCUGCAAACCUACCCCAGUACUGUCCUCGUGGUCUCUCACGACAGAGCUUUCCUGAACGAAGUUGCUACGGACAUUAUUCACCAGCACUCUGAGCGCCUGGAUUACUACAAGGGUGCCAACUUUGAAUCUUUCUAUGCGACAAAGGAGGAGAGGCGAAAGACGGCCAAGCGCGAAUACGAGAAGCAGAUGGGCGAGAGGGCCCAUCUCCAAGCUUUCAUCGACAAGUUCCGCUACAAUGCUGCCAAGUCUUCCGAAGCUCAGUCCAGAAUCAAGAAGCUGGAAAAGAUGCCUGUGCUCGAGGCUCCAGAGAGCGAAUACACUGUCAAGUUCUCCUUCCCCGAGGUGGAGAAAUUGUCUCCUCCUAUCAUUCAGAUGAGCGGUGUCCACUUUGGAUACACGCCUGACAAGCCGCUCCUGAAGAACGUUGAUUUGGAUGUGCAGCUGGACUCUCGUAUCGGUAUCGUUGGUCCCAACGGUGCAGGCAAGACGACUGCGCUCAAGCUCCUCAUUGGUGCCCUGCAGCCAACCAAGGGUCUCAUUUCUCAAAACCCCCGUCUGCGUAUCGGGUUCUUUGCGCAACAUCAUGUUGACGCACUCGACCUCAACGCCAGUGCAGUCGGCUUCAUGGCUGUCAAGUACCCUGGCAAGACGGACGAGGAGUACCGUCGCCACCUAGGCGCCUUUGGUAUCACAGGCAUGACAGGUCUGCAGAAGAUGGCGCUACUGUCGGGUGGUCAAAAGUCGCGCGUUGCCUUUGCCUGCCUGUCGCUGCAGAACCCGCACAUUCUCGUGCUGGACGAGCCGUCGAACCACUUGGAUAUCGAGGCCAUGGACGCGCUGUCGACGGCGCUGCAGCAGUUCCAGGGUGGCGUUUUGAUGGUGUCUCACGACGUGACGAUGCUGCAAAACGUCUGUACGUCGCUAUGGGUGUGCGACCAUGGAACGGUCGAGCACUUUGACGGGACGGUCAAGGAUUACAAGAAGAGGAUUGCGGCGCAGGCGAAUGAGGCGGGCGUUGUUGCACAGCACUAGACAGACAGACAUAGGUACAUAGAGACAGACAGGAGCCGCCCUUGCCUCGUCGCGAAUGGAUGAGACAAAUAAGACGGGGUCGAGGGAAUAAAAUAACGGGUGGCAGGCGGCCAAUCAGGCCCACCGGCCCGUGCGUUGGAGCAGAGCAAUGCAGACAGACAGACUCUGGCCCGGAGGCAGAAGCGAUGGUGGUGUGGGUGCGUGAGAGAGUCAGUCGCGGAGGAUGACCUAGACGACGAGGCUCGCAGGGCAGGACGUCCAAAGGCGAGGGUGAAGAAAAGCGCCC